AUGGAAGACAUUGAGUCACUUGUAGCUGCAACUCGUCUUAAGACGACAUUGGACUAUUUUGACUUUGAUACGGACAUCGAUUACAUCACAAAGACUCCAAAGCAAAUUGCAGACUCUUUACUCCACGACUUCUUUGCACUUCAUAGCAGUGAUUAUAUUAUCCAAGAGAAGACUUUACGUGUCUUAAUCAAGAUCUGUGACAGUCACAUUCCUCAAACUACAAAGAAAUUUGAGACUCCAAAGUUCUAUCAAUUUUUCUCUUCUAUUGACGACUCCAUUGAACGCUUUUGUUUAAUUUUAUCGAAGAAGCCGCAAAAUAUUAAAGACGUGUUAAUAUACACUUUACUCAUCCAAUUCUUCGAGCGCCUGAUCUCCUCGAAAAACUUGAAGACUAUAAUGACUGUCUUAUCCUUCGAUUCACUCGCAACGGCGUUCUCUUUAUUAACUGACACCCGAUUUCAACGAUCGACUGUAGUCUUACAAUCAUUGACUCACAUUUUUAAGAUGUUAUUAGACUAUGAACUCUUUGAAGAGUUGGCCUAUAUCAUUCAACUUACUUUCACCUCAGACUUCGUCUUCGACGUGUUAAGUCUAACUCCCCCAAAAUACACUCAAGACAUCUACUUAGCCGUCUCUCAAAUGCUCUUCGACUGCGUUUCUAUUAAAGCAAAUACCAUCGUGUUCACUCCUAAAGUCAAUGAAACAAUCCAAUUCGCUAUCGACAAGUUAUUGACUAACCACAUCCACUCACAACUCAGACUCGGCUUCGACGGAUUCUCAAAAUCUCUCAACGCAAUCACUAAGUCAAAUAUUAGGUCUCUCUGCUCUAGCUUCGAGUUCAAUAAGGAGGAAAGAAGAACUAAUGAACGAAAGUCCACGAAGCUCUAA